AUGGACUCGGCCAUCCGGGCGCGCGCGGGGCACCUUGACCGUCUGCACUGGCAGGUGACUCCCGGCGGAUGUAGUAUGAGCACGUUCGACGUGUCGCACAACACUGCGACCUUGGCAACAAGUUUCAUCGAGCGUAAUUGUGUGCGUCUUGAGUACGCUGUCGCAACUUUCCUCGUCUGCACGCAGGACGUCCAUGCCUGGUACCGAAUGUCCGUGUAUAAUACUGUGGUUGUGUGCUUCAAUGAACACUCCAUCCUCUCCCUUGGCUCCUGCGACGACUGUCUCAUCUUGAAUGACGAGCUGAACGUCCUCCCUAUAUCCCGUGGCAAGGACAUCAAGUCCAUCGAGGAGGAACACGGGAAGGGCAAGGCCACGUCCGAGCUGAAGGCGCUCUAG